CAAGGUAUAAAAGCAAACGGGAGGCAGGGAUAGGCACUUACACACGCCGUUGACACGCCGUGACAGAUUACCGACGACAGUGGAGGAGACUCAUCGAUAGACCUGAAGGCACUACUGGAUCUUAAACCUUGCUAUCAACAUGUCAAAGGUAUUUAAGAAGACCAGCGGCAAUGGAAAUAUUGCCCUGUACUUGGGGAAGAGAGACUUUGUGGAUCAUGUGGACCAUGUGGAUGUAGUUGACGGUGUUAUUAAAGUGGACCCUUCUGGUCUUAAUGGCAGAAAAGUAUACGUGUACCUUGCUUGUGCCUUCCGUUAUGGAAGCGACGACUUGGAUGUCAUCGGGCUGUCCUUCAGGAGAGACAUCUGGAUCCAGCGCGUCCAGGUGUAUCCACCUACAGAUUCAAACACACCUAAAACACCAAUGCAGGAAUCCCUUAUGAAGAAAGUUGGAGAGCAGGGAUGUUGCUUUUCUUUCCAGAUGCCAACGGAUCUGCCAUGCUCAGUUGCCCUACAGCCUGGGCCAAAUGACGCCGGAAAGGCAUGUGGAGUGGACUUUGAGGUGAAAGGAUAUGUUGCCAACGCACCUAGCAAUCCAGAUGAAGUCAUCGAGAAGAAGGACACAUGUCGCCUGAUGAUCCGCAAAAUUCAAUAUGCACCAGCCAGCAACAAGGCCGGACCCAAGGCGGAUAUCUCCAAACAGUUCAUGAUGACUGACAAGCCUGUUCACCUGGAGGGCUCCCUUGAAAAAGAGAUUUACUACCACGGUGAUCCAAUCACUGUCAAGGUGAAAAUCAACAAUGAAACCACCAAGGUCGUGAAGAAAAUCAAAGUCUCAGUUGAGCAGCUAACAAAUGUGGUGCUGUACUCGUCGGACACUUACACAAAGGCAGUCUGCUCUGAGGAGUUUGGGGAGACAAUAAACGCCAACUCUACAUUUGAGAAGUCCUUCACAGUAACCCCUCUGCUGGCAAACAACAAAGAGAAGCGUGGUCUGGCUGUGGAUGGACGGCUAAAAGACGAGGACACCCACUUAGCAUCCACCACCCUGAGUCAAGGAGAAAAGGAGAUGCAGGGUAUUCUGAUCUCCUAUAAAGUCAAGAUCAAUCUGAUGGUGUCCAGCGGAGGCCUGCUGGGUGGCCUGACAGGAAGUGAUGUCACUUUGGAGCUUCCUCUGACUCUGAUGUCCCCAAAACCUGCAGAAGUCAAAUUGGAUUAAAUGCCUCUUUAGUUCAGGUCAGACAUUGCAAUUGAAACCAUGGACGGUUGAUACAACGAGGAAAGGAAAAUCACCUCUCUGGAAGAAAAAACAGAACUAUAAGGAACUCAACAAUAAUGAAGAACAGCACAGAGUGUCAUUGAGUCCCUGCAGUGUUCUUAAUUCCCUUGAGCAUGUACAUUUUAUAAAGCAUUGUAAUGAGAACUAUUACUGGUGAAGAGUCCAGCGCUAAAUGCCAUCAUAGCAAGAAAAACAAGAAUAUUGUGCAUGUGUCUUUGUCCCUUAGUUUGGUGUUGUUGUAAUCUUUAAUGUGUAAUAAAACUUAAAAAAUGAAUGUUUUAUUCAUUACUAAUCUAUAUUGAUGUCAUUAGAGCCAUGAUUCUGACAGACUGCACAGCCUUGGGAGGAAUUUCCACAAAAAUCCAACUUGUGUCGUCCUUGAUCGACAGAAAAGUGA